GUGUCUCUUGGGACUUCCUGAGCAAUCGGAUCUUCUGGUAUCAUAAAAUCUCCAUAGAGAGCUCACACUCUGGGGAUAGAGAAACAGGUUGAAAUUCUGACUCUGCCACUAUGGGGCUUUAGUCGCCUGAUUCAAAGCCUCAGUUUCACCAUUUGUAAAACAGAUACAUGUGGUCAGUGGGUUUUGUUGCUGGAUUUUGUUACUAUUUUUUCUCCUCUGCCUGCUUCCUGCCCAAACACCAGAGGCCUUUCUGCUCUGGCCAAAUUAAUGACACCUUUGUUUGCUAAACCUAACAUCUACCUCUUCUUCCAAUCUGCUCAGCGAACAAUAGCCAAUCGCCCCGGACCUCCCCAGGACACACAGAGGAUCGAGGGGACCAGCGGCCCUGCCGGGGAGGCCUUGGAGGUGGCUUUGCGCCGUGAGGCUCCUCUGCGCGCCGAUGGGAAAAAUGCAAAGGUCCUAAAACAAGAAAUCAGGCGAGGGCGGGAGUCCAUUAUCCGGCGUCCGAAUGCGUCUCGGGGUCUGCGCGCCGCCCCGCGCAGUGCGGCCUCCCGGGAUUCUCAUGGUAAUGAGGCGUCCAUCUUCCCGUCUGCCCGCGCCCGGCAGCGCACAAUGGGCCGGCUCCACCACCUGCCGGGAUUUCCCAGGAAGGAGGCGGGACGGGAGAGCCGCCCUCCCCCGCCUGGCCCAGGACGCGGCAGUCCCGCCAGGCCCGGUCCUCCAUGUCCCUGCCGCAAGCUGGAGUCGAUGGCACCGAGUCCCGCAGGCCAUGGUGGCGCGGCGGUGACAGCUCAGGACUGGGCUGCCGGCCAAAUGGGGAGCCUCGGGGACAGAAGCCGCUUCGGGAAGGGGUGUGGCUCUGCUAGACCUUGUCUGGUUUUGUUUUUGUUUUGUUUUUUUUCAGUACCGGAAUCGAACUCACGACCUUGCGCUGGCCAGGCAGGCUCAGUGCCGAUGAGCAAAAUCCCCAGCCCUGCUAGACCUUGUCUGGCCAGAGGCGGGCCCGGCUUCAUCCCCAGCGCCACAAAGGAAGAUAAGAGGAAAUAAAAGGAGGGCUGAAGAGAAACUCCAGUAGUCACCGUUUUUUGAGGACCUUUGCCGAACCCAGCUGGCCGCCGCGCCUUACAUCAUUGUGGCAGUGUGUCCCCACCACAGCCUUCUCUGUGACACUAUUGGGGUCCCCUUUGCAGAGGAGAUGCUGAGUCCCCAGAUCAUCUGCCUGCCACGGUACAAUAGGCCCGACGCAGCAGAUUUGACCCAGUUUCACCUCACCCCAGAGUCUGAAAUCUUAACCACCACAUUAUCACCCACGGUCAUUAUCACAGUUACCUGGUGUGAUCAAAAUACUUUUUUUAUUUUUUGUCUUUUUUUGAGACAGCGUCUCGCUAUGCAGUUCAG